UUUUGGUAAGCCGGCCCUUAAACGACGUCACAAACCUGCGACUGUUUACAUGCGACGUACCACCAUGGCUCUGUUUCCAGCUUAUGCAGAAGUAGAGAGCAACAAAGUGCGGGACUCAUCCAGAGAAUUAGACUUGCAAACAUAUAAGAGUUUUCAGACCGGAGGUGCCCUCUCUCUACACAGUCGGUAUUUUGAGAAGACCAGUGAGAGCAAGAAGGAAUCAAGUGAAGCCAGAGAGGUGAGCUCUGCAGAGGAGGAGGAAGAGGGUAAUGUGCCACCCAAAAAGAAGAAAAAGAAGAGUGACAAGAAGAGGAAGAAGAAGAAAAAACACAAAAAGAAGAGUGGGAGGUAUUCGGACAGCAGUAGGUCCGACUCCGACACCAUUUUCCCGAGUGACCUCAAAAGGGCCGAAGAGGCAGAUGGGCCCAAGGCUGCUCCGUUACCAAGUUGUUUCUCCUGGUUGGAUGACGUCCAGUCGCCCACAGAGCAGCCAUUCUGUGUGGACCGCAAAGCAGACCCAGCCAACUGGACGUACAAGUCCCUGUACAGAGCAGACGUAGCCAGGUAUAAGAGGAAAGGCAGCUCAUCCUUGGGCCUGGACCCUCGCAGGCAGGGAGUCAGCUGGGAGGAGUCGGAAUCAAAUAAGAAACAGAAAGGCCGGGACAAGAAGAAAGCAGCAGACAGGUACUUCUCUGCAGUCAGUCGCCAGCUGCUGAGGUCCGAGCCCCCUGUUCCUACAUUACCUACAAUUCCUGAGCGUGUUGACGCCACCGGCUCCACCUCUUUCCUCCUGCUGGGUGACGAUGAGGAGAGAAAAACAGGAGAGACAGGAAACAGAACACAGACAUCAUCAGUAAAUCCCCUCGGUGUGUAUGACUCCUCCACGGCCCUGUGGCUGCAGGGGAAGGGGCAGCAGGAGCAGCCAGAGCAGACGAAGCAGGACAUAGAGAUGGGGCAGAGUGCUGCGCUUUUGUCUGGGAGGACUGAAGAGUUUAACAGGCGGCUGAGAGAACAGCCAGCAGACACGCAGCUAUGGAUAAAAUUCAUACGAUACCAGGAUGAGCUGAGUGCAGCAGUGUUUGGAGUGGAGGAAGAUAAACAGGGCUGCGAUCCGUCCGAGCGUCGUAAGUCUUCCUACCGAGCGGUCCUGGAGAAAAAACUGAGCAUCGCAGAGCGCGCAGUUGCCACCAACCCCGGCUGCAUAGCUCUGCAGCUGGAGAGGCUCAGGGUCUGCCAAGAGCUCUGGGAGCCCUCACUUCUGGCUAAAGAGUGGAAGAAACUGGUGUUCCUGCACCCAAACAGUACCCCCUUGUGGAGGGAGUAUCUGCUAUUCACCCAGAGCUACUUCAGCAACUUCACCGUGCCAAAGGUUAACUCUGCCUAUGGGAAGUGUCUGAGCACGCUCAGUGCCGUGCGUGAUGGCAGCAUGCUUUCUCACCCGGCCCUGCCAGGGAUUGAGGAGGAUAUGUUGGAUAUCUUCACACAGCAGUGUCAUUUCCUGCGUCAGGCUGGUCACUCAGAGAAGGCGAUUUCUCUGUUUCAGGCCAUGAUCGACUUUACUUUCUACAAACCCGACAGUGUACGGGAACUGUCCACCAAGCAGCAGGUUGAGUUCUUUGAGCCGUUUUGGGACAGCGGUGAGGCGAGGGUUGGAGAGCUCGGGGCCAGAGGUUGGAAAGCCUGGAUGCUCCAACAAGAGCGAGGAGGGUGGCUACAGCCCAGUGCAGAGGAAGAAGAGGAGGAGGAGGAGGAGGAUGGGGAGGAGGUGAAGGAUCGCAGUCAGCCCAGACACACAGUCUGGUUGGAUGUGGAGUCGUCUCGUGAAGCGACACAGUGGCUGCCCUGGAGGCCUGACAAAGCUAAGGGCCAAUCAGAGGAGGACUGCGAGGACCCGGACAGACAGGUCUUGUUUGAUGACAUCGGUCCCUCCCUAAUUCGCCUGUCUUCACCAGACCUCCAGCUCUGUCUUCUUCUUCGUUUCUUGUCAUUCCUGGGGCUCCCUGUAGACUCUGUGCUCUCUGCUGCCCCCUGUCAGCCUGGCCUGCUGCUGGAGAGUCUUUCUCUGCUCACUCAGGGUAAUGAGAUCCAGCGUCCUCUGACCUCCUACGACCAACCUGACCUGGGAGUUAACUCUGUAGGCCACAUGACCACUCUCCAGGGAACAAGGAAGUGGGUCGGUCUCGGGAAGCAGGGCGAGACAUUUGUCAACAAUGUGUUCAGUACGGUCCAACCCAUCCUUCCUGCGCACCACCGAGCAGUCCUGUCACUCAGCUGGAUGCAGUACGAGAAGCUCAAGGUCUGGCGCUGUCUGCGUAGCGGCAACAAAAAGCGUCUCCGCUCUCAGGGCAAGAGCAGCAAGCGGGUUGCCAAGCAACUACUCAAAGAACCCGACAACCGCUCGUCCUUGGUGCUGUGGCAGGAGUUCGCCCACCUGGAGUGGAUGCUGGGUAACCUCGACGAGGCUCGCAAGGUCUUCUCCACGGCCACGGCGAUAGGGGGAACUAAAGGACUGAGGAGCCCCACCCUCUGUGAGCUGUGUCUGCUGUGGGCCCAGCUGGAGGUGGAGGACGAGGCAGGUGUGCGAGGAGGAGGAGGAGGAGGAAAAACUGAUGUCGCUGUGUCCCCAGCUGUGUGUGUACUAACCAGGCUGGCAGAAGGAACCUCCUCAUCCACUUCGUCCUCCCAGUCCCCUUCUCCGGUGUCCAUCCUGAAAGCGAGGAGGUCGUAUGAGCAGGCUUUGACUGUGGGCUUGUCAGCCCUCGACCAAAACUUCCACAGCUCUCGGGCCAACAGAAAAGGUCAAGAGGACCUACUAGGAGAGGAGCUGAAGCUGAGGGGCCUGGCAGGCUGCUAUGCUCUGUUCCAGUACCUCACAGUGGGCAUCCAAGCAGCUAACAGCGUCUACAGCCAGGCAAGAGAGAGGAUGGAGGAGCUGCACCGCACGCUAAUACCGGACAAGCAGCUUAACAGCAGCAAUGAGGAGGCCAGUCUUGGUAGCACUGAUGCUAACAGGCUAGCUUCUGAGUGUGAAGCACUGGCAGUGCAGCAGGCUGCCUUGCUCAGGUAUCACAACAAUGUCAGUGUGUUUCCCCUGGCAACACUGAGACAGACGCUGACCUCUGCCCUCUCCACCUGGCCCAGCAGCGCCCCUCUGUGGAGCAUAUAUGUACAGGUGGAGAACCGUUACCAUAGUGCUGGCCGUGCGCGUCGCUUUUUUGACUCUGUAACCAGGGACAACAGCAGUGUGGUGCCACGCCUUUUUGCCAUUGUCGCUGAACAACAAAGAAAGCAGCUGGUGGACGCUGCUCAGAGGUCUUGUUGCCAUGACACUGCCUUGCCCAUCCUGCCAGAGAAUGGACUCAGUAACCGUAUCCGUGCACUGUUUGAAAGCACCAUAGCAACAGAGAUGGGCUCUCACUGUCCUUUACUUUGGAGGAUGUACAUGCACUUCCUGAUGUCGGAAGGGAAGGUGGAUAAAGCCACAGGGAUCUUCUACAAGGCCUUACAAAAUAUCCCCUGGGUUAAGGGUUUGUACAUGGACGGAGUGCAGCUGUUCCCUGAGCAUCUGCAGGAGUUUGCAGAUCUGAUGACAGAGAAAGAGCUCCGACUCAGGCUGCCUUUAGAAGAACUGGAUAUACUACUGGAAGACUGAACACACACACACAUUUCAUUCACAAACUUGUGUUUGCGUUAUUGGCAACAUGCCAACUCACAUAAUGAUGUUGAGAAGAGGAGACAAACUUAAACAAGAGGCUCAUGACUACAGUAUUCAACAGUAAAGUUUCAGUGAUCUUAUCUAAAGAUUGGCAAGAGGCCAUCCUUUGUACAUUAUGCUUUAUUUUCACAGCAAGCCAAAUAAAUGUAUGAUUCUCAGUUGUUGUA